AUGUUCACCGCUGCAGCACUUGUCGCCGUCGCGCUCGCCGCCGCCGCUGUGUCGAGUGCGGCUGCGUCCAGCCUGCUCCUUUUUGUUGCAGCUGCUGCUGCUCCCGUGGUGGCGACGGUGGCGCAACCCGGGACUGUUCCCGCUGUUGCUGUUGCUGCUGCUCCUGCGGUUGCUCCCGUGGCUGCUGCUGCUAUCGCUGCUGCUGCUGUUGCUGCCGGAGGGAGCUAUCUCUCGGCGGUGAUGGUGGUGCCGUGGUCGCCCCGGAGGUCCCGCGAGGGCCGGAGGCCCGGGAGCUACCCUGGCCCGCGCCCCAGCAUUCCUCCGGCGCUUCGCAGCGGGUUCCGUGACUAG